AUGCCGGGCUUCCCGGGACCCGGUCCUCCGGUGAGGCUGUGCGUGGGCCUCACGUGCAUUCUGUCCCUUUGGAACACAGUGUCUGCUGUGAAAGGAGAAGCCAAGAAGGAAAAGGUGAUGACCCUCCUUCCUCCAACAGUGUCUGGCCUUGGAGGAGAAGAGAGGAAGGAAAAGGGGGUGGCUUUUCUCGACACCACAGAACUGCCCGCAAGGUCAGUCGAUCUGUCCGCGCUGAACCUGACAGAGCUGGUGAACGGGAUGCUGAGCAGAGCUUUAAAAGAUACGAAGAAGUUCUUCUCCCUGCUAAGCAUCACCUCCUACAGUUCCGUGGCCUUCCACAAGUUUUCCGUGGCCAUUUACAACAUUUCUAACCUGAAGGCUGUGGACCCCGCCAGGUUCCCCACCCGGUACUGUUACUGUCUGAACAACCGGACCAAUGACUUAUCAGAUUUCACGGCCCUGCUGGUGGACGUCGUUGGAAAUUCUACCAGCUACCUCACGGAGAUUUUCAAGUCAACCUCAAUCCUCUCAGUGAGUCAGACAAAUGAAUCCGACUGCACCUUCAUCUGUAUGAUGACAGGAAAGUCAGGACGGAACCUUUCUGACUUCUGGGAGGUGGCAGAGAAAUCUCCUGUUAUCAACUACACAUUUACCAGCAGCAUGCCUGGUGGUCCAGGUGAGUCUACCAAGGGCUCGUCUGUGACUUCAAUGCCCAUACCCACAAGCCAGCAAACACUACCAAGGAGAAGCCCCCCGCACGGAGCCCAGAGCACCAGAGUGUCCUCUCUGAGAACUGUUCCCUGGACAGAGACAACUCCUCUUGCAAAGGGAGAGCAGACCCAGAACCCGGGAAGCCUUCCUGAGCUUCACUCCAGGACCGCGGCCACGCGGGGCAGCGCCUCCCCAACCCCAGCCUUGGCUACCAGGAGGGCGACCCGAACUCCAUGGGUGACAACCAGCAGUCAGGCGUGGACUUCCAACCUACCUGUGCCCUGGGCUCAGACCAUGGGUGAGAAAGCACCCGGAGGGCCUCCCUGGGAAACAUCGUCCUCCACACCCACAUCUCCUGCAGAGGCCAUGACCACGUGGAGCCUUUCUGGGCCACCUGUUGGGGCAGCGUCCACACAGGGCAGCUCAUCCCAGGCCAGCCCAGCCUCAGGAACCUUCACCCCUGGCACACAGACCCCGAAUCCAACCAAGGCACCAGCCCCUAGAUACCCACAAACAGGUGACGCCCCGUUGGCCUGGCCAUUUGCUCCUGGAGAGGAACCAGCCCUGGCCCCGGGACCCCACCAGGUUUCUAGGUGUCCUCAGCUGCUGGUCGAAGAGGGGACCGUCACAGCCGCUCCCCUCCCCCUGGCCAUCCGGAAGCUCAACCCUUGCCUGAUGGAGCUGUGCCGUUUUUUCCAGCAAUGCCUCUGCAUGAGCCAGAAGAGAGACCCCAGGAUGGAGGCCAUGAGGUACUGUCUUGAAUACUAUUCCUGGUUUCUGAAGAAUGCAACAUACAUCUGUCAGAGGGUGAAAAGGGUGCCCCACUCACACACCUUAAAACAAAAAUGCCUCCGGAAUAUCUGCCUGUCCGUGUGA